AUGGCAUUAGGCAAAGGUAGUGGUGAUAUGAGUUUUGGUAUGAAAUUUAUUCGUCUAUUAAUUAUUAUAUUCAACAUAAUAUUUUUUCUCAUUGGUCUUAUCUUGUUAAUAAUUGGUUUGUACGUUUAUCUGAAUACUAAGUUACAGAAAUUUAGUCCAUUAAUUAAUGCUAAUACAGGAACAAGUAAUGUUACUCAAGAUCAGCCAAAACAAAGUAUGUCGACCAUAAGAAAAUUGGGGAUUGCUCUCAUGUCGAUUGGAGGUAUUUUGAUGGUAGUAGCACUUCUAGGAUUUCUUGGUUCUUUUAAAGUAUUUAAAAUUAUACAAAUCAUUUAUGCUGCUCUUAUUGGAAUAAUUAUUCUUGUUGAAGUUGGUUUCAUUAUUUAUUUUUUUACCACACAGUCGAAAGUAAAGAAAAACCUCCUACCAAAUCUUCAAAGUACUAUUACGAAUGGAUUUAUUGGAUCAGUAUCUAACGGAUCCAACUCAUCAAAAACAAAUGAUGUAACAAUUGCGUGGGAUCUGAUUCAAUUUAAUUUAAAGUGUUGUGGAGCGUCCAAUAAAACUGAUUAUAAUUUUGCGAAAAAUUGGAAUCAUAUAAAUCCUCUUAAUACCACUGGUCCUCUACUAAUGUAUCCUUUAACAUGUUGUCCCGUAGAUGCCAAAACAAGUUGGAAAACCCUAGAUGUAAAGACAUUUAGUUCAGCACAAACAUGUGCCGUUCAAGAUAAAGGUGUUUACAGUAAAGGAUGUUAUCCAGAACUACUGUCUACAAUAAGCGCUUACACAAAAGGUGUUGCUAUCGGUUCCAUUGUUGUUAUUAUUAUUCAAUUACUGGCAUUUAUAUUUGCCAUUGUAUUAGUUAGACGAAAAACAGAUUAUACAUCAAUAAAAUAA